AUGUUAGCUUUUGAAUUGUUAAAGGAAGGAUUGUUAAAGGUUAAGUCUAAUGUUGAACCUCUAGUAGAAAAUAUACAUGUUGAUGGUAUCAAAACUGUAGCAGCAGCAGCAGCAGUGGAAAGUGGGAACGGUUUGACAGAACUUAAAUGGCAGAAGAUUGAAAGAAGUGCUGUUUGUCCCUCCCCGAGUGAGGCUACUCCCUUCAAUGAUGUUCCUACAUUAUCGAGUAAAAUCGGAGUGCCUGUCGAAGUAUCAAAGGAAAAUGAUGAUUUUAGAAACGAUGAAGAGGGAUUAACAUCUGAGCAAGGACCCACUGUGGACAGUGAAGAACAUAUUAAUUCAGGCAAUAAGCUAAUAGCAUCUGAAGGAGGUUUAGAAUCAAGCCUUGUUUCUAGUGAUAUUGGUCAACAAAAUCUGAAUUCACUUGAUCUUGGGGAUGCUUAUAAGCUAGCUGUCGGUAAUAGAGGAAGACAGUUGUCUGGCAUGCUUGCAGAACAUUGGCUCUGGAAAGAUUCAUCAAGAGUUAAUGAAGAUUUGAAGAUAUUAAUGUCACAAUUCUCUGCCACUCGUGGGACUGAUAUGUCUUUUAAUGAUAUAAGUCCUAGGUUGUCUAUAAAUAGCGAAGAAGCAAAGAGUUCUGAUGUUUCCAACUCAACUGGAAUGCAAAUACUUCAAAAAAUGAUUUCGCUUGAGCGGAAUGAGUCUGGUUUGUCUCUGGAUGGAAGCAUUGUCGGUGAAAUUGAAGGUGAAAGUCCGGUUGACAAGCUUAAAAGACAAGUUGAUCAUGACAGGAAACUUAUGAAUGCUUUGUAUAAAGAGCUGGAGGAAGAAAGAAAUGCUUCUGCAAUUGCUGCAAGUCAAGCUUUAGCCAUGAUCACUAGACUGCAGGAAGAAAAGGCAACAUUACAUAUGGAAGCCUUGCAGCACUUAAGGAUGAUGGAUGAGCAAUCAGAAUAUGAAAUGGAAGCUUUGCAAAAUGCUAACGACCUUCUUGCUGAGAAGGAGAAGGAGAUAGAAGACUUGGAAGCGAAGGUUGAGUUUUAUAGGAACAAUUUCCCUAAUGAAAUGUUGUUGGAGAACACAGUGGAGAAAAACUCUGAAAUGAAGGUGAAAGAUAUUGGAUUGGAUCAUUCACAAUGUACUUUCGUUGAAAAUAAUGAAAGUGUCCCUGAAAAAUCAGUUGCUGAAAAUCCUAAUAUCUAUGACAAAACUGACAUUCUACUCACGUCUGCGAAGGAAAAGAAUAUCCAAUCUGUAAAAAGUUCGAUAAUGGAGUUUCAAGACCAAAAGCUAUAUAUUUCCCAACGUCUUGGUCUUAUGCAGGUUUUGUUCAUGGCAUGA